UUUCUAAUUGAUCAUUGAACCGCUACUUCUCAGAACAGGAGUACAUACAUGAUAUUACAUAGAGUGGAGGCAAAAAUCUUUGUUUUUUAUAGUAACCCUUCUGACGGGUAGUGACGCCAUUCGUCUUCUUUCCUCUCGUACACUUAAUCGGCAUUGGCCUUGCCGCCUUUGGGAUCCAUCCUUACUUUCCUUGCCUCUUUGUGAAUUAGUUUCGAUCUUGGACCUUCGCCCUUGUGUCAGUCUUCCGUCCUCAAUUGACACAUACCGGAUUCCGCUUGUACAAAUAUUAUUUGCUAUCAUGGCGUCUUCUAGAGUUGCAGCUCAAUUGAUGCUGCCGUUGCGGUCUGCCUCUAGGAGCCUUGUGUCUCGAUCGACGCAUACUUCCAUGAUUAGGCCUUUUUUGGCCGCUGUGAACAGUUCGAUUAGUCGUGGCCCGUCGCAAUGUGCUCAUUCAGUUCGACACAGUUCUCAUUCGCCGAUGGGCGCUACGCCGACGAAUCCCAGGAAGAAGGUGACGUUGCAGACAUUACGGAAUCUACACAAAAAGGGAGAGCCGAUUACCAUGCUUACUGCCCAUGACUUUCCGAGUGGGUAUGUUGCGGAGGCUGCUGGGAUGGAGAUGAUUCUGGUUGGGGACAGCUUGGCUAUGGUGGCCCUGGGUAUGGAGGAUACUAGUGAAGUGGUUAUGGAAGAGAUGCUGCUGCAUUGCAGGAGUGUGGCGCGGGCUGCUAAGAGUGCUUUCACGAUCGCCGAUCUUCCCAUGGGUUCGUAUGAGGUGUCGCCAGAGCAGGGUCUUCAAUCGGCUAUUCGGAUCAUCAAGGAGGGACGUAUGCAGGGUAUUAAGCUUGAAGGGGGUGCGGAGAUGGCGCCGACAAUCAAACGCAUUACGCAGGCCGGAAUCCCCGUUGUCGGUCACAUUGGCCUCACUCCUCAACGCCAGAAUGCACUUGGGGGGUUCAGAGUUCAAGGAAAAUCUACUGCCGGGGCUCUCAAACUGCUGAAAGAUGCCAUGGCUGUGCAGGAAGCUGGUGCCUUCAUGAUAGUUCUAGAGGCUGUGCCUGCUGAGAUUGCUGCAAUUAUUACGAAGAAGCUUCGCGUCCCAACAAUUGGUAUCGGUGCCGGCAAUGGCUGCUCCGGACAAGUUCUGGUUCAGAUUGAUAUGACCGGCAAUUUCCCUCCUGGCCGAUUCCUCCCAAAGUUUGUUAAAAAGUACGCCGACGUCUGGGGUGAAGCAUUCAAAGGUAUCCAGCAAUAUCGGGAGGAAGUAAAAUCCCGGGCGUAUCCUUCGGAAGAGUACACCUAUCCCAUUCCCAAGGAGGAGCUGGCGGAGUUUGAAAAAAAGGUUGACAAGCUGGAUCAAUAAAUCAUGAUCCUACCUUCGUUUCUGUCUACUUUUGGAUUAUGUUCUUGCAUUUGUUCCUCAUGUUGAAGCAUCCUAGCUUGCAUUUCUCAUGUCCGGCAUGGUUUUUGUGAUACCUCAUCAAUAUUGUCAUGAUUGUUUGGUUGUGGGAGAACCCAGCUGGCUGUUCUCUAUGUUCUCGCUCAAUUUUCGAAAAGCUUCAAUGCCAGUCAGCUUUAUUUUGCAUAAAAUGUGUUUGUUGGAUUAGAUAUAUCUGUAAUCCAGUGAGUUGGCAAGAACCAUUACAACUCGUCACCCAAACGCAGGCGUCAUGGAGUAGGAGACAAUCAACUGAUCAUCAACC